CUGCGGCGGGGCUGAGGCGGCGGCGCUCGGGUCCGGGCCGCGAUGGCCGCACUGGGCCGAGCCGCACCGGCCGCCGCGUUCCCGCAGGCCCCCGCCGCGCGGCCGGACGGCGCCCUGCAGCCCGCGGCCCCCCCCGGCCCCAGCCCGAGCCCGGGCGGCGGGGCCCUGCGCGGCGCCUUCGACGUCGCCUCCCUCGCGGCCAUCGGCAGCUUCGGCGCGGGCCUGGGCCUGGGCCUGGGGCUGGACCUGGCGGCGGCGCCGGCGCCCGCAGCCCGCGCACGAGUUCCCGUGCGCUGCGGAAGGAAGCACAAACUGGAGGACGAAGCAGAUGGCUGCCCUGCGAGGAAGAGGAGACUGGCCGCGGCCGAGCAUUGCCCUCUGACUCCCAGCCCCGAAGAGUGGGGUCUCUGCGCAGGUCAGCAGGCAGCUGGGGCGUUAGCAGGUCAGUGCGGUGGUAGCCUUCCUGAAGCUGGCAUGUUAGAAAUGUCCUGUGAAGAAAUGGAUCAGACAAUGGGGGAACAGCAGUACGAGGUUGCCCGCAGGAAGCUUCAGGAAAUUGAGGACAGGAUAAUUGAUGAAGAUGAUGAUGUUCAUGCUGAUGGACAUACUAGCAAUCUGCCCACUCUCGUCUUGUCUGAUACCCUUAAAAAAGGGAUGAAGAGGGAUUUUGGUGAAGUCCUGACAAAGAAAAUAAUAGAGUCCAUGAGCCGUCCCUCAAUGGAGCUGGUGCUUUGGAAACCUCUCCCUGAAUUCCUCACGGACAAACUGAAGACUGUUUCUGUUGCUAAAAACUUCAAGCAUCAGGAAACAGAAGGGUGCCAGGCCAAGCAGUCAGCAUGUGGAGCUGCCUUCCACCCACAGACUGAAACAUUCUCUGAAGCACAACGGACUGUGAUGUCUCCAGAUCUCUAUGUUAGUUUGGGAGCCCCUGGGUGUGCAGAAGAGGAAAUGGAAUUGUAGAAGCCAGAUUGCAGACUGAAAUGUGCACAUUUUUGAAGGUUUCUGUGGCUGGUUUCAUUCUCUCUUCGCUUUUGGUAUGAGACGUGGAUCUGAAGUGUUAUUAUUUGGGUUGUGUUGUUUUGUUUUAUGGUAACAAUCAGAAGAAUGUGGAUUUGGGCAGUCACAGCUCUAAGAAACAGAAGAGAAGCUUUUAUAAUCCAAUAAAAAUAACAUUUUUACAAGGAAAUCCCAUGAACUUUGGAACAGGGAAGGAGUUCUCCAACUGGCUUACUGGGAAAUGUCCUUUUAGUAGUUGCCUUUGGUGAGAAGUACACAGCAGAUACUGAAUGUAAUAGGGGAUCAAGCCACCCCUUAUGCUUGCUGAGCCAUUAAGAUUUUGGCGUAUGCUUUGCUUGGUGUGCUAGCUUUGUUUGGGAUUGCUCAGAUAUUUUGAAAGCAGAUCUUUUGAGUUGAAUCUGAGGUAGACAAGCCACCUUUGUGAAAAAGCAGUUCUGUACUUUUUGCUUCAUUUGUGACUGGCUUGAGCUCAACCUUAAAAUGCAAGCCUGGAAAACUACUGUUCUGCAGCGUGGUAGGGAAACACAAGUUAGAACUACACCAGUACCCUGUGCUUUUGCUGUCACUAGGAAGUAAAAUUGGUGACUGAGUUGAAAAGUUGGCUAUUUAAUUUUACUCGCUCACUGGCCCAAGAAACUUUUUAAAAAGUUAAAAAUAGUUUGGGUUUCUCUGAACUAUCCAAACAGAAGAGCUUUUUAUCAUACUGAAGUAAAUCCCUUCUUCCAUUAGUCAGUGAAGAUAAGUUUUUAUUGUUUGUUCCCAUUCCUGGGGUUCCUUGAAGAUAUCUGAAGGAAAAUUUUCCUUCUAGCAGGGGAGGUGGGAUAUGUUGGGAACCUUACUCAUUUACCAUGCCAGUCUAUUUGCCUUGACUUCCCUUGCACUACGUUCCUGCCCAGGGCAGGGGGUCGGACUUGAUCUGUUCAGGUCCCUUCCGACCCUGGAAACUACGAAACAGGUACAGUAGUUCUUUCCAUGACAGCUUUGGAUUCAUUGCAGUGGCUACGUGUUUCUGCUUACAUACCAUCUCUGUAGCCUUUGUGAUUGGACAUUCUUCUGUUUAAUAACUUCUGUCAAAAUAUGCAUUUUUUUUAAUUGAGCUUUUCUUUUGAAGCCAGUGUUUCUGCUGUUUUGGCUGGUAGUGGUAGCUUUUUGUUGAGAAGAGACCCCUUUGGACUUGGGCAUAAGGAGCCUGGUUGAGGAACUCCACGCCGGUUCAACUCUCCACUCCAUUUUCUGGCUGGCUGUACUUGCCCAAGAAAAAGAACUUUGUUUCAUAUAUCAGCAAAAGUUUUCAUAACACUAACAUUGUCCUGGUACUUGAGUCGUUAUUGAAGUAAGCUGGAAACUGGUGUAAAAUAUUUCCACUGAAAUAAUUGAUUUCUGUACUGGACAAAUGUGUGCACCUUUUUUCCAUUCUUGUAUCUAAUUUCCUGUUUGAAAACCUCUUUGUCAUGUAAUACGCAAAAUUUCUUGUGUGUGUUGCUUAAACCUACCAAAUCACUUACAGUUGUACAGCGUUUGAAGCCUAGUACCUAUAACAUAAGGAGUUUGAGGGAAGGCAUUAUUUACUAUGCGGGUAGAGGAUGCUGUGAUGCUCCCAAAUAGGUAUCUUCUUCAAGCUUGUAGUGCUGUGGAAAAGGUUCAAGGCUGAGACUAGGCUAAGACAAUGGAUUUGGCCUGAAACAUCCGAUGGAGAAAACAGAAACAGCAAAACCAAGGCAGAGGAAUGCAAAGGACCUUAGGAGGCCGAUGAAAUCCAAACAGCUUUUUUUCCCCGUUUAGACUUGCUAUGUUUUUUUCAUAUCUGAGUUGCAGACAAACUAAUCUUUGUAUAUGCUUAGUACAAAUGGGAUUUUUUCUAUGGUUUUAACAACUUUGCAUAUCCCAUUUGUACCAAAGGUUGCUGUUCAGAUAUAUGUGUCCACUUCAGAUCCUUUGGUGCUGUGCAGAGCCCCCUGAACUAGUUUACUCUGCUUGUCAAAUCUAGGAUUCCUUAGUGGCAUAAACUGUAAGAUGAGAGCUCUUGUAUGGAAAGCAGCUCAGCUUCGAGUGGCAAGCAUCUAGUCUGAGUUCUUGUUUGUUUUGAAAAAGAGAAAACAUUUGUUUCUUAACUUGAUGAGGGAGUGAGAUCUGCCUUCCAUCCCUAGACUAAGCGGGGCUGUUGAACUGCAGUCUGCUUUAACUAUCCAUUGCCCAAGGCGUGGGUAGAUGAGCAAUUGAAAGGACGUGCAUUCAUGAUGGUUACAUUUCUCGUUCGCUUCCUUAAAGAACUUCUGCUGAUUCUGCACGUUAUAAGAUGGCACAAAUGGUGUAGCACCAUGGAAACCCUUGAUGAUGCUUUAUUUUGAAAUAGGAAAAUCUGAUUCCAGCGUGUCUUGUUGGGACCAAAUUACUAUUUGUAUAUUAGUUUUCAAUAAAAUUUUUAAUGUGUG